CAAAGAUUGCAGUGUUAAUAAAAUAAAUUGUUAUUUACUCUCCUUUCCUGGGGUGAGAGGAAGUUCCAGGCUGUCUUUACAUGGCCCCCUCAAAUGAAAAAGUUCAAAGCAAACCUGUCCUUCAGGGAAGAGCUCCGGGGAGGGACUUACGGUGCCAUUAGUUACCUACGUACCUGUUUGCUCUGGGAAGCUUGCAUAUGAUGCCUGGCCCCUUUUUGGAGGCACUUCUCCCCCACACUGCCCUUGAAAAAAACAGGCAAGACAGAGGGCAGCUGGAGGAAGAAGCCAACCAAAAAGGAAGAUGCAACUUUGCUUCCUUCUCCAUCAGUGCUCAUUGUCAGUUAAAUCAACACAUUUUCAAGAGCUUGGUUGCAGUAUGUCUCAGUUUUUAAAAAGACGUUUCGCAAGAGGUCAGAUGCAAGUCAAUUAAAAUAAAAUUUUAUAGCCGAAAUACAGUCUCAAAACAAAAUGCAAGGGGGAACAUACUUUUAAUAAUUUUGGCUUGUGCUCUUAGGAUCUUUAGAACAUUAUCUUUUUGAACAUAUUUACUUAUUUUAUAUUAUUUAUUUGUCAUAUUUAUAUACUGCCAAAAACUUGCACCUCAUGGCAGUUUAUAAGAAAAAUUAAAACAAAAUCUCAUCAAUGAAUUUAGUGAUAUGGCCGAGUCUUACUGGCUCAGCAUGUGUUAAGAGUUAGAACUUUGAAUGUUGUGGUGGUGACUACAGCAAGGGCAGAGAUUUCUAGAUAAGGGGAAGGAGCUUAACUAGCAUUGAUUUUACUACUGAAUUUGAGACGAGGCUCGUAAGGCUAGGCAGGCCCAAGGAAGAUGUUAGUGAAGAUCUUGAGGAGGGUCUCAGAAGCACGUGGACAAAACUGGCAGAAAAUAAGGCCUAAGAAGACUCAGCACAGAUGGGCUUCCUCUUCCUCCCUUCUCUAGACCAUUAUCCCAAGCCUUCCAUCGCUGUGAAUCCUGGUACCCAAGUCCUUGCAGGGCAGGGCUGGACGAUACGUUGCUGGGCUUCAUUCCCAGGGGUGAGCUUUGUCCUCUACCAGGACAGGGAGUUCCGGAUGGAAGUCACUCCCCGGGGGGACUCCAACGUUGCUGAAUUCUCCUUGAAGAAUGUGACUGUGUCCGAUGCGGGCAAAUACACCUGCUAUUACCACAGCACCGCAGAUCCUGUCAUCUGGUCAAAUGCCAGCAAUCCAGUGCAGCUGAAAGUCAUAGAUGUGGCCAAUGUCUCCAUUUACCAGGAAGUGUUGGUGGAUGCUGCAGGAAGAUAUCGAGUGAAUUGCUCCGGGCCCUCCACCAGUGAAGGCUGGUUCUAUCUUUUCUGGGAUGGAAAGCUCCUUGCGGAAACCAGAGCUUGGCAAGAUGGCCACACUAUAAGCUUCAACCUCACAGAAGAGGCUCUCAGCAUCACCAAGGGGGAGCUGAGUUGCCGAUAUGGGGAAAAUUGGCUCAAUGACACUGAAGGGUGGACACAAGACUCACAUUCCCGGAGCCCAGAUUUCGCCACAGCCAACUUGUUGCGACUAGUGCUCGCAGGGUGCAUCCUUUCAUUGGGCCUACUUUUCGUAGCUGAUGCAUGUUGGAACAGGAGGCGUCAGGAGGACUGAGCUACGAGUACAUGAAGGGAGGGAUCCUGAACCAGCAAGCUCCUUAUAGAACAGCUGAGACUGAGGUUCGAACCUCCCUGGGCUGGUGCCAGUGUUGGAUGAGAAAGAACACGAAGAUAGGUCAGAAGCCACCUAGGAAGGUUUUGAAGAUUGCAACCCUCACGUAAUUUACUCCAGAGUAAUUUCAUCAAAGUAAGCAGAACACUUCUGAAAUAAGAACUUUGAAGACCACGCCCUGGAGCAACAAGUCUACAGCCAAAUCUAUGCACACAACAGUUCCAUCAGCACCAUCACGUUUGAAGUCAUCAUGUACUGAGCAGGCCAGAGGUGCCUUGUAUCAGCUUUGGCUGAUAUGCCAGCUGCAUCCAUUUCUUGAGUUAAAUUACCUCAGAAAAGUAGUACAUCUGCUGGUCACCUCCAGAUUUUGACUACUGCAAUGCGUUCUAUGUGGGGCUGCCUUUGUAUGUAGUCCGGAAACUGCAGUUAGUCCAGAAUGCGGCAGCCAGGUUGGCCUCUGGGUCAUCUCGGAGAAACCAUAUUACUCCUAUCUUAAAAGAUCUACACUGGCUGCCGAUAAGUUUCCGGGCAAAGUACAAGGUUUUGGUUAUAACCUAUAAAGCCCUAAACAGCUUGGGCCCUGGGUAUUUAAGAGAAUGUCUUCUUUGCUAUGAACCACACCACACAUUGAGAUCAUCUGGAGAGGUUUGUCUGCAGUUGCCACCGGCUCGUCUGGUGGCUACUCAGGGACGGGCUUUCUCCAUUGCUGCCCCGAGGCUUUGGAACACACUUCCUGCCGAAAUAAGAGCCUCCCCAUCUCUUACAACUUUUAAAAGGGCAGUCAAGACACAUUAGUUCACCCAGGCUUUUAAUUAGAUACUGUUUUAAUUGUGUUGUAAUAGUUUUUAAAUGUUAAUGGUUGAAAUGUUUUAAUCUUUUUAUUUUUUGUUUUUAUUUUCUUGUAAACCGCCCAGAGAACUUGCAUUUUGGGCUGUAUAAAAUAUGUUUAUUAAUAAUAAUAAUAAUAAUAAUAAUAAUAAUAAUAAUAAUAAAUAUUUUGUCUAUUUAA